AUGGGUGUCGGAGACAUCCCUCUCUCUGAAUUACUCGGCUACGAACUGUGCUCUCUACCGGCCGCUCUUUUUGACAACUACAUGCGCAUGAGAACCGGCGACAAAGCAAAGCUAAUUCACCAUUUAGUCAAGCUCGUCCCUGAAAGUGUUGUUUCGACACUCCCCACUACAGGCCUGCGGAAUAUCAUCGACGGAGAAGGGCUGCUUCACAAGUUCGCAUGGCCAAAGAAUUCCACGUACGCUGAAAUAUGCACUCUGUACGUUCGACAUGUGAGUAGCAGCUACGCCAAUGCCACGGUGAUUUUUGAUGGAUAUCAUGGCCCCAGUGCAAAAGACGAAGCACAUCGACGUCGAUCAAGCAACGACGUUCGCGCAACAGUGUCCGUUACCAAAGAAAUGCACCUGACGAUGUCCAAGAAAGCUUUCCUUGGCGGAAAUUCCUCCUCGCUGACGAAAUGGGUCGAGCUGGAAUCCAUGUUGAGUACGCCACAGGAGAUGCGACUACAAGGUUUGUCAGAGGGCUUGUGCGUAUGCCUUAGGAAGUCCAGUAGCUGUCGUUGCAGAAGACUCUGAUGUUUUCCAGUUGCUAGUUCACCACACAGAUCCUGCUGCUAGUGAUGUAUACAUAGUCGCUGCAAAACGAACUGUCUGCACUAGCAGCAUCAAGCGCAGAGUGGAUGUUAAGCUGUCAGAGUCACUUCUUUUUCUCCAUGAUGUUAGCGGCUGUGAUACGACCUCAAGGCCACAUGGAAUCGGGAAAGACGCCGCCCGAUUUCACAGUCACAAGUGUCUUUCUCCAGGUACAAGCAUGGAAAGGGAACGAUAUUCCUCCUGAGGAGUGGGGAUGGGCGAGAUCCUCAACAGGCCUUGUUCCCGUGCCGAUGUCAGAGCCAGCAGCCCCAGCGAAACAUCAGAUGUAA